CUCUAGAAACAGGGGAGUGAGAGAGAGAGUCAAAGAUGAGAUUUUGAAACCUGGUUGGCGCCGCUGUUGCUUCCUUGCUCUUUCUCACUCUAUUGAAACCUCAAAGACGCGUCCACUUCGGAGGCUUCUCAAUUCCAAGCUGGCUUCCUCUCUAGUCUCCGCUGUAUGAAUAUAUAUAUAUGUGUGUGUGUGUGUGUAAGAUACCCUAUAAUUUUAUUCUCAUUUCUCUUCACGCACUUCUUUCUUUCUCUUCUCUUCUCUACCUUAUUGCCCUUUUCGUUUAUUUUUUAUUCAUAUUCCUCCACCCAAAGAUUCUAGUUUAAUUUUAGUAAUCUCCUCCAUUCACAUUCCUAUAUCUUUUCAUCUGCCUGCCCCUCACUCCUUGCUCUCUCUCCUCUUGGACAGGGGGAUUUCACUCUUUUAUCUGGGGAUUUGCCAUUCAAGGUUAUCUCACACGUAUUCUCAGUUCUCGUCUAAAUUAAUUGAUCUUCAACAGGGAGAGAUGGCGGAGCCAAAACCAGCAGCACCCUUGGUUUCACCAUCAUCAUCACGAAAGCUUCCUGAUUUCAAAACAUCUGUGAAGCUAAAAUAUGUGAAAUUGGGUUACCAUUAUCUCAUCUCCCAUGGAAUGUAUCUUUUCCUUUCCCCUCUUGUAGUCUUAAUUGCUGUUCAGCUGUCAACGUUUUCUCUGCAAGAUUUUUGUACUCUUUGGGAGCAUCUACAGUACAAUCUCAUAUCUGUGAUCCUCUGCUCAACACUCCUUGUUUUCCUCCUUACCCUCUAUUUUAUGACUCGUCCUCGGCCUGUAUACCUUGUCAACUUUUCCUGCUACAAGCCUGAAGAAUCUCGUAAGUGCACAAAAAAGAUUUUCAUGGAUCAAUCUCGGAUGACUGGAACUUUCACGGAGGAGAAUCUUAGCUUUCAGCAGAGGAUCCUUGAGAGAUCUGGCCUAGGGGAUUCAACUUAUCUUCCAGAGGCAGUCCUUAAUAUUCCUCCUAACCCUUCAAUGCAAGAAGCUCGGAAGGAAGCUCAGGCUGUGAUGUUUGGUUGUGUUGAUGAGCUUUUGGCCAAGACCUACGUUAAACCCAAAGAUAUUGGAAUCUUGAUUGUGAAUUGCAGCUUGUUCAAUCCUACCCCAUCACUUUCUGCCAUGGUUGUCAACCAUUACAAGCUUCGAGGCAAUAUAGUUAGCUACAAUCUAGGUGGGAUGGGUUGUAGUGCAGGUCUGAUCUCAAUAGCUCUAGCUAAGGAUCUUCUUCAGGUCUAUCCCAACUCCUAUGCACUGGUUAUCAGCAUGGAGAACAUCACAUUGAAUUGGUACUUUGGAAAUGACCGUUCAAAGCUCGUUUCAAACUGUUUAUUUAGAAUGGGAGGGGCUGCAAUUCUCCUCUCGAACAAAUCGCAUGACAGAAGAAGGUCAAAGUACCAAUUGGUACAUACUGUCCGUACUCAUAAGGGUGCUGAUGAUAAGUGUUUCACAUGUGUUACCCAGGAAGAGGACUCCAAUGGGAAGGUUGGUGUUACUUUGUCGAAGGAUCUCAUGGCAGUUGCAGGUGAUGCUUUGAAAACUAACAUUACUACAUUAGGGCCUCUUGUUCUUCCAAUGUCCGAACAGCUACUAUUCUUUGCCACAUUAGUUGGUAAAAAGCUUUUCAAGAUGAAGAUCAAGCCUUACAUCCCUGAUUUUAAACUAGCUUUUGAGCAUUUUUGCAUUCAUGCUGGGGGAAGGGCAGUUUUGGAUGAACUGGAGAAGAACUUGCAGCUGUCUGAUUGGCACAUGGAGCCAUCAAGGAUGACACUUUAUCGGUUCGGCAAUACCUCUAGCAGUUCCCUUUGGUAUGAAUUGGCGUAUUCAGAAGCCAAAGGAAGAAUCAGGAAGGGUGAUAGAACAUGGCAAAUCGCAUUUGGUUCCGGGUUCAAGUGUAACAGUGCAGUCUGGAAGGCUUUAAGGAACAUAAACCCUGCAAAGGAAAAGAGCCCCUGGAUAGAUGAGAUUGACCAAUUCCCAGUUGAUGUUCCAAAGGUCUCAGCUAUCUAAGCUUGAAAAUGGUUGGUUAUGAUGCAAGAUUUGUUGAGGACAAUUGAUUUACUGUUGUAUGACAGGAUUUUUUUUUUUUUAAAUCAUUGUUAGAAUCAGGAUGAUGUUUGUUUAGUGGACCAGAAUUGGAAUUUGUAACUGAUUUGAACUGGAAAUCUGCUUCUGCUUUCAAUGUGAUCGUCAAAAACUUGCUGC